GCGUCAUGGCUGUGAGGGGACACCCAGCCCUGCGUCUUGUUCUUCGGCAAACUCUCCGGGGAUAUGGGGGUGACACCCAGAAGAUCAGGCAGUUCUCUGGUGUUGGGACGUCCCUGGUGUACGAGGAGUAUGGCGAUCCCCAGAAAGUUGUUGUACAGAGAGAAACUAACAUACCUGGACUAAAGGAGGAUCAGGUAUUGGUUCGAAUGCUUGCAGCACCAGUCAAUCCAGCUGACAUAAACACAAUCCAGGGCGUUUAUGCUGUAAAGCCUCAACUCCCGAGUGUGCCAGGCAAUGAAGGUGUCGGGGAGGUCUUAGAAGUUGGUAAAAAUGUUGAGAGUGAACUGCAGCCUGGAGACCGGGUCAUUCCCAGGGUCAAUGCUCUGGGUACCUGGCAGACCCAUGCUUUGGCUGCCUCCAGUGAUGUGAUUAAGAUUCCUUCAGGUGUUGAUUUGGUGACAGCAGCUACCAUCGCUGUCAACCCUAGCACAGCGUAUAGAAUGUUGAAAGACUUUGUUCCUGUCAAGAGAGGUGAUACUGUUAUCCAGAAUGGUGCUAACUCUGCUGUUGGUCAGGCAGUGAUACAGAUAGCCGCAGCUCUCGGCAUGAAGACAGUUAAUGUGGUUCGUGACCGGACAUCUAUUAGGGAACUGAAAGAACAUCUCACUGGACUGGGAGCAACUGUGGUAGUAACUGAGGCUGAACUGAGAAAAAGUGAAGAAGUAAAGGCAUUACCACCACCACGUCUUGCACUAAAUUGCGUGAGUGGCCGCAGUGGCACAGAAAUUCUGAGGCAGCUCACACCACAGGGGGUCAUGGUAACUUAUGGAGGCAUGUCAAGACAGCCAGUAACUGCACCAGUGGGGGCGCUCAUCUUUAAUGAUGUUACCUUAAGGGGUUUCUGGAUGACUCGCUGGAACAAAGAACAUUUCAGUCACCCAGAGAGACUCCACAUGUUGGACGAGCUCUUCCAGCUAGCACAAGGUGGUCAACUGCGCCCACCUGACCACACACUCGUUCCAUUUUCUAACUUCCAGGAAGCUCUAAAAAAUGCCAUGCCUAGUGAAGGAAUGUUAGGUAAAAAGCAAAUUCUUAUAUUUUAAAUAACUGUGCUUAUACAUUCAAAUUUUUUAAAAGUAUUUACUCUAAAAUAAUUGUGUACAGUACUUACUAUAUUAGACAGUGGGGAUAUCACCAAAAUCCUGUUGUGCAGUAAAAUAAUAUAUAUCUUACAAUAUUCAUGUGUCACCAAAAAGAAACUGAAUAGUAAAAGAUAACAGCAUAUGAACCAAAGUAAUGUGUACAGUACUGAUGCCUUCAACGUACACAGAUUACUGAUGAUGUUAAAAGUUCUUAAAUAUUCUUACAAACAUUCUAUUGAUACACUAUAUUGUUAUUCACUCAUUUUCUUGAUAUUGAAAGUUUUUGUGCUACUGAAUCCAGUGUCAUCCAUGUUAAGCUUUCAUUUCCUGUAUCUCAUGUAGAAAUUGUGAUUCAACUAUUUAUGCAAUACAGUAUUUAUAUUUAACUGAGAAUCCACAGCCUGUAUACAGUACUAAUAUUUCAUAUAUCCACAUAUACAGUAGUGAGUGUCAGUCCUUACAGUAAAGUACAUUGUUACUGGAAGAAUUUUGCUUAAAUACAGUAUACUGUACUUGAGUUGCCAAAUAUCUACAUAUUCUACCAAUUAUCAGUUUAUAUUACCAUCUCUGAAUAGGUUUUGAUUGUGAACUGGCUGGAAAAAUUCUUCUUAUGUCUUGGUCAGUUCAUGUUGUAAAAAAAAUAAAAAUUAUUUAUUGGUAUAUUAUACUAAAAUUACUUUCAGUACAGUAUAAAAAAAUCUUGCCCAGCAGUCAGACAUUAGACUAUCAGUCCCCGGUGCAGACAUCAGGAAUGUCAUAAAGAAGUGGUAUACAUUCUAUAUAAGAGAACGACAUAAACAAAUAAGAAACUAAAAAAAAAAGUACAAUUAAUGAAGGUGAUUUUUUUACCAUUGUCAAAAUUUCUAGGCCAAACAUUCCACAGUAUGAUAGGCAACAAUAAAAAAAAACUCAUUAUCAAACUUGGCUUAAAUCCUUGUGAUAUAAACCUGCAAUUAAAUAGAUAACAUGACGAUUAUCACCCCUAACUUAUUUCACCUUAGGAUUAACCAACCUAAUGCUACCUGUAGGGGGAUGAGGUUAGGUUAGCAUAAAGGCGGUUAAUCUUUAGGUAAAAUAAGUAGAGGAUGCCAAUCUUCACGUCAUCCGAGCAAAUUUUUUAUUGAUCUGCACGAGCCUUUUCAAGAUAUUGCAUGGGAACAACAUUCUGUACAGAUGGAUGGACAAGGAUGAUGCUACAUUAUUGUCCUGUGUUCUCUACUGAGGUUAUGAGAAAAUAUCAUAUUAUUUUUAUCUCAGACGGAUGAUUUAGCGAAUGAUGGUCGAGUCACAAUGGAACGGAGAGUUGACAUAAUGGCCGAAGGGUGAAUGCCUUGUCGAGCAGCCGUUUUCUCAUGUUCUCCCAAAUCUUCACACCUCUGUGAUGCUUCUUCAGAUGAUUUAAGUACCUGGUGAACACAAAUUAAUUUUUUUUUACAUAUUUGUUAAUGUACCAAUGAUAAUCAACACAAAAAUCCAAUAUACAUCAAGUCCCACCAUCACCAUAAUCUAACAUACAAAACCAUUCAAUCUCUUGUUACUCUUUCAAACACGAUUUGUUCUCAGGAAUGAUAGAGCAGUUCCCUGUCGAUUUCUAUAUGUUGCUGGACUGUACUGGAUAUACAGUAUAUAAAGUUCCCUGAUCUACAAA